GCCUUCGCUCAUCUCGUUUGUUUGUGCUGGUCCUCCACAGGAUGGGCGCGGAAGGAACGGCGGCCGCGAGUUCCCGCGCCGGAGGCUAGCUGCGGUCUCCCGCUCGCUGCUGCUUUGGGGCCGCGUGGCUGGGCUGCCACUGAAGAGAGCCAUCGCUUCUUCCGAGCCGGGUUCCGAAGACGACGCCUCCCCGACCACGGAACAGGCCGAGCGGGCCUACGCGCGCUCCACGCCCCUUUCCAGCAGGCCCGGCGCCCCCACUUGGGUUCCGGGACCCCAGGGCUCACGCCUACUCAGGCCCCCCACCGCUUUUUCUUUUCCCCGCCAAAUUAGGUUUUUCUUCCCCACAGUUGCAUCCAGUGGCUUCAGAGCUCCGGAAAGUUUCGGAUGAACCCAUCUCAACAUUUAGAAAUGGGUCUCUCGAAACUGGGAGACCUGGAGAGCCGCCCUUAGGGCUCCGGGUCGCGGCUUCUUCGUUCUUUCAUUCUCCAAAAUUGAGGAGACCCUUCUCGUCUACUCAAACUCACUACUGCCGGAGGUACCAUGGCACCCAAGCCGUGGAGUGAGUGGAGCAUGGUGCUGUCCCACAUGGCGCUGGGAGCGGUGUCUCUGCAUGCAGCCGUGAGCACUGCCCAGGCAAGUCGAGGUGCUGCUGCUGGCUUCCUGCUCCAGGCCUUGGCUGCUGCCACCAUGCUGACCCGAGGGCUGGGCACAGGUGAAGACUGUCUUGCUGGAGACUGGGUGGCCACUGUCAUAGGCCUGCCCCUUCUGGCCUUCGAUUUCCACUGGUGCACUAACGGUCACUUGAUGUGCGCUGGCUGUUUUAUCCACCUACUAGCAGAUGCCCGGCUGAAGGAGGAGCAGGCCACGUGCCCCAACUGCCGCUGUGAGAUCAGCAAGAGCCUCUGCUGCCGCAACCUGGCCGUGGAGAAGGCCGUGAGCGAGCUGCCCUCCGAGUGCGGCUUCUGCCUGCGCCCAUUUCCCCGCUCCCUUCUGGAGAGGCACCAGAAAGAGGAGUGCCAGGACAGGGUGACUCAGUGCAAGUACAAGCGCAUCGGCUGCCCGUGGCACGGCCCCUUCCACGAGCUGACAGUGCACGAGGCCGCGUGCGCCCACCCGACCAAGACGGGCAACGAGCUGAUGGAGAUCCUGGACGAGAUGGACCAGAGCCACCGCAAGGAGAUGCAGUUGUACAACAGCAUCUUCAGCCUGCUCAGCUUCGAGAAGAUCGGCUACACAGAGGUCCAGUUCCGGCCGUACCGCACGGACGACUUCAUCACACGCCUGUACUACGAGACGCCGCGGUUCACGGUGCUGAGCCAGACGUGGGUCUUGAAGGCACGUGUGAACGACUCAGAGCGCAACCCCAACCUCUCGUGCAAGCGCACCCUCUCCUUCCAGCUGCUCCUCAAGAGCAAGGUCACGGCGCCCCUGGAGUGUUCCUUCCUGCUGCUCAAGGGCCCGUACGAUGAUGUGAAGAUCAGCCCCGUCAUCUACCACUUCGUCUUCACCAACGACAGCAAUGAGACGGACUACGUGCCGCUGCCCAUCGUCGACUCCGUGGAGUGCAACAAGCUGCUGGCUGCCAAGAACAUCAACCUGCGGCUCUUCCUGUUCCAGAUACAGAAGUAGGCGGCCGCCGUGCUGCCCACAGCCCCCCAGCAGCGGCCCCGCAGUGCCGCCCUACCAGCUUGACAGAGGCGGAGGGACACGGUGACACUGGGGCAGUCUGCAUGUGUGCGCGCAGCUGUGAGCGCCCACCGCCACGCCCCCCGCCCCACCUCCCUGUCCAGGUCACUGGAGGCUGGGACCCUGCAGAGGAGCCCACGGCCUGGGGCAGGGCAAGGCGCAGCGCAGGGGACCUGCCGGGCCCCCACCACUCGGCGAAGCGGCUCCUGGGCCGGGCUCGGGGCACUGACAUCAGACGGCAUAUUUGAUUGCGAUUAAAAAGGCACCUUGUUUCCUA